AUGGCAUCGCUGCUAAAAGGUGUAGGAUUCGUGACUGGAGCUGCAGCAGGUGUGUUGACUUGCUAUCCCGCCCGAACGAGUGCAGAAGACCCGGAACCUUCAUUAACCCAAAGUGUAGGAAUUGGCAAAGCAACAGCACAGUCGUUUGUCCGCCACGGCGUACGCCGCUUGGCCAUUGGGGAUAUCAAUCUUCCCGCUCUAAAGGAGACAGCGUCGGACCUUAAAUUGCAAUAUCCCGACCUCGAGGUUGUGCCGCUGGAGCUCGACACGUCGUCGGAGUCGCUGGUGGACAAGUCUAUCGCCGACACGGUCAAGCAUUUCGGACGCAUUGACUAUGCUGUCAACAACGCUGGUAUAGCGGGCAAGGCGUGGCGUAGCGCCGACUCGGAUCUCGAGGGGUGGAACAAGACUGUGGACGUUAACCUUACUGGUGUGUGGCUCUGUUCGAGAGCACAGAUCAGGGCCAUGCUAAAGCAAAAUCCACUCGAGGCGAGCCCAAGAUUCAACAGAGGAGUGAUCAUCAAUGUCGCCUCCAUGUACGGCAUCAUUGGGACACCAUUGGAGGUUGGCGCCGUGGUCUACACAGCGACUAAGCACGGAGUGGUGGGAAUGACGAAGGCGGACGCUAUUGCAUAUGCUGGGGAGAACAUCAGGAUCAACGCAAUAUGUCCUGGGUAUGUUGCGACGCCUCUUCUCAAGAGCGCAGCAGCGGAAGCAUGGCAGCGGCUGGCGGAGAUGGACGAGAUUGGCGACAGCAUUACUUACAUGGCUAGCCCGCUGUCGUCUUUCAUGUACGGAUCGGCUAUGGUCGUUGAUGGUGGCUACACAAUACAGUGA